CCGCGAAGAAAGGCGCCUGCAGUCCAGUCACAUCGCGGCGACGCCACUUUCCGUUGGGUCCCGGCCUUCACGGAGGCGGUCUGCCGCUGCCUGGUGGCCCUGGCGCUCGCCGGGCUGUGCUGGGAGGUGGCGCUCGCGGCGAGGCACGGCAGGGCGAGAGAGUACGUGCAGAGCGCCAUUAUCGGGAAGAGCGGCAACGGAGUGUGCUGCGCAACGGCGCUUGCCAGCUUCACCAUGGCCCUUGGCCUCUGGAACGUCGCCGCAGACGGCGUGCUGCCGAGGUGGGCGAAGAUCUACCUGCACGUGUUCGAGGUGAUGUGCGAGACCGCCGUCCUCGCCUGCCUGGCGGGCUGCUGCUACGACCUCGUGUUCUCGGGGAGCCUCCCGAACGCCGCGAGGUUUGUCAAGAGCCUGGCGCUGUGCACCGACAACAUCGAGGACCACGCGCACUGGGGGGACGGCCCCGAGGCCUGCCGCGGGCACGGGCCCGCGCGGCCCGCGAGGCCGGACGCGAGGCGGGCCGCGCUGCUGUGGGCGGCGCUGCUCGCCGCCCUCGCCUGCCCCCCUAUCAUCUUCGACGCGGCGACGCGCCACCGGCACGCGUGGGCUGCGACGGCCCUGGACGUCUUUGGCGUCGUCUGCAUCUCGGGCAUCGCGUUCGCAGUCGUCACGCGCGCCGCAGAGACCGGCCUCGCCGCGGUCUCUGCGCUGGCCCGGGUCAACAUCGCCUCUCUGGCCCCCCCGAUCAAAGCCUCCCGGUGCCGCGAGCCGCGCGAGACGGACACCCUGCUGCCGGCGUGAGGGCGCUCACCAUCGCCUUUCGCAUGCCGCGAGGGGGGAAUGAGGAGGCACUGAGGAAAACGUGUUCCGGACCCUGCGGC